UGUGGUAAUAGUUCUGCCAAAAGCUAUCCUCUUCCCACCACAAACCCUAACCUUCUUCUUCUUCUUCUUCUUAUUUUUUAACCUGCCCAAAACAAUCACCCUUCUUUUUCCUUUCACUGUCCAAGCAUUUUUGCCUGUCUGCCUUGGCCCUUAUCACCAUUAAUCUAACUUUUUUGCUCCUAUGGCCUAAAACCUAUUGGCUUUAACCUCUCUUUCUCUCUGCCCCCCCACCCCUCACAGCUCCGCUUUAGAUUUUUUUUUUCUUCUUUCCUUCUGUAUGUAUGGGUCAUAGAGUUUUACUAUUGUGAUACAAUAGAAGCAGAUCAAAGCAAAUUAAGGGUGUAGUUAGAGAGAGAAGAAAAAGCUUUUGCUUUCUCCUUUGAGUUGAGUUUCUUUGCAAUUUGAAAGAGAACUAGCUUCUUGUUCUUGUUCUUGGGGCUGAAGAAAAUAAAUCUUCAAUCUUGAAUUAUGUCGAGCUGCAUCGAUGUUGUGCCUGAACAACUCUGCUACAUCCCUUGCAACUUUUGCAAUAUUGUUCUUGCGGUGAGUGUACCAUGCAGCAGCUUGUUUGAUAUCGUGACCGUCCGAUGUGGCCACUGCACCAAUCUAUGGUCCGUGAACAUGGCAGCUACCUUUCAGUCACUUUCAUGGCAAGAUGUUCAGGGAACCAACUAUACUUUGCCAGAUUACAGAAUUGAUUUGGGUUCCUCAUCCAAGUUCAGUAACAAGAUCUCAACUCGAGCUCCAGCAAGAAAUGUCGCUGAAGACAGAGUUAAUCGACCUCCCGAGAAGAGGCAGCGAGUACCUUCUGCAUAUAACCAGUUCAUAAAAGAGGAGAUUCAGAGGAUCAAGGCAAAUAAUCCUGAUAUUAGCCAUAGAGAAGCAUUCAGUACUGCUGCAAAAAAUUGGGCACAUUACCCUCACAUCCAUUUUGGGCUCAUGUUGGAGACCAACAGCCGAGCUAAGGUUGAUGAUGCCUCUGAGAAGCAACUAAUGCCAAGAGCCGCAGUGUGUAACAAAUGAUGGUCUUGAUUUUUCAAGACCAACUUCAUGGAAGUUAAUGCUUUUGAAGUAAACCAAGUGUUGACUCCAAUGUGUUUCAAAGACAUGGAUUAAUGUCUAUAUCUAUGUUAAUUCCUUCAUUUUCAAUGUAUUUUGCCAUGACUUGAACUAAGCUUCUUUCUUAUUCUGUCCUUUCCAUAUGAAUCCUCCGGUUUCCAAUUGAAGAAUAGGCUCAAAUAAAAAAUUUCAAGUUCUAUGUUGUUUA